AUGCCUUCGAAGGACAGCGGGGAAGGGACUACAAAGAGAUCGGGCCGUCGUUCCGGCAAGGACAAAGGCGGUCGUGUCAAGGACGCCGAUGACAAAAAGACAGACGAUCCUGGAGAUAGCAAGGACACCAGCGGCAGCGGCAAGCGCGUAAAGAAGAAGAUUGAGCCACGCCAUGUGGCAACUGCAAGGAAAGAGCGAAAGAGGAGCGAUGACGAAGACGGGCAGACGAAGAUUACCCCGAUCAAGGCCGAUGAGUUCGAAGGGUCGAUGAAGAAUAAGAAGAAGAAGGGCGCCAGCGGACGUGGUUCGAAAGACAAAAAGGAAAAUGUCGCCGCCAUGACCAAAUUGGCUCAACCGACGGUGGCGAACCUAAUGGCCCAGACCGAGGCCCAUGGCGGCGUCACGGUUCAACCGAAUGCCGCCGCCCACAAGCUGAUGCGUGACUUGGACACGAUGGAUCAGACUGAAUUUGAGGCGAUCAACGCCAACGUCAACCCGGUGAAGUGCCCCGAGAAGGUGAACAUCAAAUGGAAGCAGGAGAAGGGUCAUCAGGAACCACAUCAUCAGGGGAAGCCGGCUGUGCUGCUUAACUCUUCAAUUGUUCAUCAAAAAAUUCUGCACGAAAAAUUUAAGUGUCAUCUACGGGGAUCACGAGGGACAUACGACGCUCAUGGCUCCAGCAGCACUGUGUUAAACAUGCCCUUGAAUAAAUUGUUU